AUGGGCGGUGCGUUGGCCAAGCCAAAGGAGCGAGAUGCCAAGGGGAAGGUUGUUCUUAUAACGGGGUGCUCCAAUGGAGGAAUCGGCUACGCAAUCGCCGAGGAGUUUCAGCGGCGCGGCGCGAACGUGUUCGCCACGUCACGCCGAGUCGACACGAUGAAGGGGCUGAAAGAGAAAGGGGUGAACACGCUUGCGCUCGACGUCACAUCUGAGCCGUCCAUCCAGGCAGCAGUGAAGGAGGUGGCAAAGGCAGCGGGGCGAGUGGAUGUGCUGGUGAACAACGCGGGGUGUGGGCUGCCAGGGCCAUUGGCGGAACUACCCAUGACGAGGAUCAAAGAGGUGUAUGACACGAACCUGUUUGGAGCAUUGGCGUUGUCCCAGGCCGUGUUCCCCUACAUGCACAAGCAGAAGAGCGGGCGAAUUAUCAACGUUUCCAGUGUUGCUGGUUACACUUACAGGCCAUUCGUGGGGACGUACGGCAGCAGCAAGGCGGCUCUGAAUGCAAUCACCAGCUGCAUGCGCGUGGAAAUGAAACCCCUGGGGAUCGGCGUUGUGCUUGUAACACCCGGUUUCAUCCGCACCAACAUUUUCAGCAAGAAUGUCUCUCACAUUCCUACCCUCCCAUCAUCAAGCCCGUUUAAAGCCAUGGAAGUUAAUAUCCGCGAAUCCUACGCGAAGCGGGCCGAGAACCUAUCCUUUCCGCCCGCGUCUGAGCUGGCAAAACGCAUCGCUGAUGCGGCACUCAGCCCAAAUCCUCCUAUCAGGAUUUUGUUCGGAACGAGUGCGCUUCCUGCUGUACUUGCAGGGGCGAUGCCUUUGUGGCUUCAAGAUUUUGUGUAUUCGAGGCUCGUUUUGCUUGUAUGGGGCGAGCGCAAAGCAGCGAUCUUUCACAAGAGCAACGACUUUCACGACUUGUGGAAGACCGCGUCAGUCCAACUUCCUACACUUGCGCUCUGUUCCACGACAGCAGGAGCACGUCAGCAGCAUUUACACUACAGCAUCGGCUCUCGGAAUCCGCGACAGCAAGGGGGUACAGACGACGAGAGCCCCAGCACCACACUUAAACGAAGCCGAGUUGACAUCGCCAUUGGAAAUGCGAUAUUCCAUCUAGAAGGCGCCUCCCGUGAAGUCAACGUUGACUCCGGACCGGAUCCACAGGAAACUGGCGAUGUGUCAUCAGAUUUACCCUCGAGAACUUCGCCGAAACAAGCGGAGGAGCCACAAAUCGACGGGAGAUUCUUCGAGGCGGGCGGUUUUGGUUCCUGUGGCAUUUCAGAUGUUCCCGACGACACCGAAUGCGUUGCGGAUCUCGCGGCAUUCCCUGAGCUGCAUGCGCGCAGCGGGACCCGCACGAUGCGCCGGCUGGCGUGCCUGGCGCACAGGUAUCUGCGCCCGUGGAUGGGGAUUCCCGGGGUGAAGCGGGGGAUGGGCGCCGGGGGAAUGAUCAGCCCGCAAAUUCUUCACCGCAUGGGUCACAUGACCAGCGUGCUCUCUUGCUGCGGCCACGUGCGGAUCGUGAAAGGCAAGAUUUACUUCCGUUUCGGUGGCUUCGAGUUUGACUGGUUCAAGAUGCGCCGCUUCCUCUUCUCAAUCAUCAUGAUCAAAGAAGCGAUCGCACGCUACAGCCUCCACUCCCUCACCGCCGAAUUCUUCAUCAACACAUGCGACGCGCACAUCAGCAAGGCCUCAUCUGUCGCAAACCGCCGCGCCGGCCUUCCGAUUUUCAGCACGCACGGUUCAAUUGGGAGCAUAGACAUUCUUUACCCGGACCCGGUGGAUCUAAGUGAAACCUACUUCCGCCGGAGCGAGGCGGAUCAGGUGCCGUGGCAGCAGAAGCAGAGCCGUGCCGUGUUCCGCGGCACAAUGACCAACUUCCACCUGUUUUACGACCGCCAAUGGCGCCCCAGCCCGCGAAUGCGCCUCCACCGCAUGUCAGACGUGCGGCCAGAUUUGUUAGACGCGAGAUUGGUCAAGGGCAUCGACCCUGUUUUCUUAGACGAGCUGCGAGGCGAUGGUAUAAAGAUGGGAGGCCGUCUCGGCCAGUCGGAAUUGCAAGAGUUCAAGUAUGAGAUCGAGGUGGACGGUGGUACGGGCAGCUGCCGCACGCGCGGGAUUCUGUCAAGUAAUCAGAUGAUGAUCAAGCACGCGAGCGAGUAUUUCGAGUAUUUCUACCCGCUGCUGUGCCCCAACCGGCACUUUCUCGCAACGCACCGAUACUUAAUUGAUUUAUACGAGCAGAUUGAGUGGGCUCGGGAUCACGACAGCGAGGCGCAGAAGAUUGUGAAGCAGGCCAAUCAGCUCGCACGAGACGUGUGUACUUGGGAGGGCCGGUGUCUCUACUGGGCGAUUCUCCUCGCGAAAUACUCCACCAGCGCCCUCGAGGAUCCUGCCAACAUAACCCGCCCAGCUGUCUUCAAAUGCACUGUUCCUCCGAUCCAAGGAGAUGUGGGGUACUUGGAAGAGUCCAAGUGGAAAUGGCUUAGUGCGGACAUUCUGAGAGCAAUUCAGGGCUUCAAACCUCAAAUCCCCGGAAUUAAGUUCCGAGACGUGUAG